AAGCAUAGACACCCCCCUCCGCCGGCCCACCACUCCACUCUCCUCGUCUCCUCCAGAGCAGACGGGGGGAAGGAAGGGGAAGGCGCCGGCGAACGGAAGCUGCUCGGCCCGCCGCGAACCCCGGGAAUUGCGGACAGGCCACUCAGGUCCCGCACUUUGGGGGGGCAUCUUUCGAGUCUCUCUCCAUCGGCUCGCCGGAGAUGCUGCCCUACGCGACGGCGGCGGAGGCGGAGGCGGAGGCGGCGCUGGGCCGGGCCAUGACGCCCGCCGAGGCGCUGUGGUUCCGCUACACCGCGGGGGUGUCCGACUACCACCUCUACUGCUGCAACAUCCUCUUCCUCUUCGUCGUCUUCACGCUGGCCCCGCUCCCCGUUGCGCUCCUCGAGCUCCGGGCCCCCGCCGCCGUCUCGCCGUACAAGCUGCAGCCCCGGGUGCGGCUCUCCGGGGCCGAGUUCGUUCGCUGCUACAAGGACGUCCUCCGCAUCUUCUUCGUCGUCAUCGGCCCGCUCCAGCUCGUCUCCUACCCGGCCGUGAAGAUGGUGGGAAUUCACACACAGCUUCCGUUGCCGUCCCUGGGAGAGAUAGCGGUGCAGUUGCUGGUAUACUUCCUUGUUGAGGACUACCUCAAUUACUGGAUCCACAGGCUCCUCCACGGGGAGUGGGGGUACCAGAAAAUCCACCGCGUCCACCAUGAGUUCACAGCGCCGAUCGGCUUCGCAGCUCCAUAUGCACACUGGGCUGAGGUUCUGAUACUUGGCAUCCCCUCCUUUGUCGGGCCAGCCAUUGCUCCAGGCCACAUGAUCACGUUUUGGCUCUGGAUUGUACUCCGCCAGGUGGAGGCUAUUGAUACACACAGCGGCUUUGAUUUCCCAUUCACUCUGACGAAGUAUAUUCCAUUCUAUGGCGGAGCAGAAUACCAUGACUAUCAUCAUUAUGUAGGAGGCCAGAGCCAAAGCAAUUUUGCUUCUGUUUUCACAUACUGUGAUUAUCUGUAUGGGACUGAUAGAGGUUACAGAUUCCACAAGGCGUACCUAGCAAAGCUGAAGGAUCUUGGGCAAAACGAUGGUGAGAAAGGAGAUGGCAAUGGACUCAGCUAUGCAAAAUCGGACUAGAUUGCUUGAUACAGUGCCUUCUGAGUGUCUCCAUGAUCGAUCAAGUUCACUGUGGCAUCACGAAAUGGGAGAUCAGCCUGAGUUGGGCAUCGAGUUCACUGUGGCAUCACGAAAUGGGAGAUCAGCCUGAGUUGGGCUGCGCAUGUGUGGUGUGUUCGUCUGAUUUCUGAAACAGGCACGCAGCUUUCAGCUGCAUUGCCCUGUGUUUCCCAGUGUUUGUGAACUUCUUCUAUGGAACUUGUACGCUGACCAAUAACAAUGCAACUCUCAGAUAGUCUUCCCUGUGUUUCCCAGUGUUUGUGUACUUCUAUGGAACUUGUACGCAUGCUUUGAUUGUUUUGAAUCAAUUGCUGUAUAGUUUCUGAGAAA